ACUAUAGCAACAGUCUUCCUGGGUUAUGUUCUACCAUGAGGACAAAUAUCUUUAUGAGGAGCAACAGUAAUCACAAAUCUACUUUCUGUUAUCCCAUACGUGGGAAAUAACGUUAUCUUAUGAUUAUGGGGAGGAUUUUCCAUUGAAAAUGCCACAUUAACACGAUUUUUCGCUAUACACUUCCUCAUACCAUUCAUAAUUACAGCUUUAGUAAUAAUUCACUUACUAUACUUACACCAAACAGGCUCUAAUAACCCACUAGGAGUAAACAGCAACACUGAUAAAAUUCCAUUUCACCCAUAUUUUUCUGUUAAAGAUAUAAUAAGAUGUAUAAUAAUACUAUUAUUUUUUAUAUUAAUAAACACUAUAGAACCUCAACUUCUAGGGGACCCUGAAAACUUUAUUCCAGCAAACCCAUUAGUGACCCCUAUCCAUAUCCAACCAGAAUGAUACUUUUUAUUUGCAUACGCAAUUCUACGAUCUAUCCCUAAUAAAAUAGGGGGUGUAAUCGCCAUAUUAGCAGCAAUUAGAAUAUUAAUAAUUUUACCUUUGCUAAACAAACCAAAUCUUCCCAAUUCUAAAUAUUACCCCCUAAGAAAAAUAUUAUUUUGAAUUUUUUGUUUUACUUGGUUAUUGCUGACAUGAAUUGGCGCUAAACCAGCCGAAGAGCCAUACAUCUUUACAGGCCAAGCCCUAUCAACUAUGUAUUUUAUAUACUUUAUUUUGUCCCCCCUAAGAUCAAAAUUUUGAGAUAAAAUAACUCAAUA